UAAUAAUUAUUUUUUUUAUCAUUAUCAGUUUAUCACCUUCCGGCAUUCUGUAUCACUAACGUUUGUUACUUCUAUAGUUCUAUGCGGUUAUUACUAGACUCCAGUAGUUCCAGUAUCCAGUAUGCCUUUUGAUAAUCAGUUAUCUUUCACGUUCAUUCGUUAACACACAUUCAUAUUCAUCGACUCUCAGUUGUAGUCGGUAGUCUCCACUCACCACUAUAGGUGCUAACCACGUGAAGGUGAAAUUCAUGAUUUAAAUCUUAUUAAUGAUAUUUAAUUUUAAUAUCGGUAUCCCUUUUUCCGACGCACUAUUUUGAAACGAAAUGACUUAUUAAUUACGAAAAUAUAAUCUGUAUUUUCAUUUGUAAUAGUAUGUACUAUUAUACAAAUAGCAUUUCAUUGGUGAUGGAAAAAAUAAAACGUCCAAUUUAUAGCUGUCUAUUGUAUUGAAUGUAUAAAAAAAACGAUUAAAAAAUAGACUGAUUAUUUAUAAAGCCAUGGAUUCUAAAUUUAACUCAAAUAAUACACUAUUGAUCGAUGACCCUCGGUUUCGAAUAAAACCAGUACAACAAAUGGCUGCUGCUUGUACAGGAGCUUUAAUUACUUCCUUUUUUGUUACUCCAUUGGAUGUCAUUAAAGUACGCAUGCAAGCACAAUCUAGAAUUACAAAUAAACAUAAAUGUUUUUUUUAUUCCAAUGGUUUAAUGGAUCAUAUUUGUCCAUGUAAUACAUUAAAAAAAAAUACCUCUGAUAAUCCUUACUACAGAAAUGUUCAAUGGUUCAACAGGCCUAGCCAAUUUAAUGGAACUCUUGAUGCUUUUAAACAAAUUAGCAAAAAUGAAGGAAUUUGGUCAUUGUGGAGUGGGUUGAGUCCAACAUUAAUACUUGCAGUACCUGCCACAAUUGUUUAUUUUGUAUCAUAUGAACAAAUACGAUGUUAUCUUCAUGAUUUAACCAAACCAUUUUAUGCAAACAAUAAUCAAAAUCAGCCAUUAUGGAUAUCUGGUAUAUCAGGAUGUUUUGCUCGUUUUGGAGCUGCUACAUCAGUCAGUCCAUUAGAACUCAUCCGUACCAAAAUGCAAUCAAAAAAACUUAGUUAUUUAGAAGUCCAUCAAGCAUUGCAAAGUUUAUUAGAAUAUCAUGGUUACAGAGGGUUAUGGAAAGGUCUUGGUUCCACCUUACUCAGAGAUGUUCCUUUUUCUGGUGUCUAUUGGGUCAUGUAUGAACAUAUUAAACAAAUAUCUGGCCAACCAACAUCAUUUAUGUACAACUUUUUAGCAGGAAGCAUAGCUGGAGCGUUGGCUGCCGCAUUAACUACUCCAUUUGAUGUCAUCAAAACAAUUCGUCAAAUUGAAUUAACUGAAAAAGAAAUUAUAACAGUAGUUAUUUCAGAACCUCCUGGAAAAGCUUCCAAGUGGACAUUCAAAGCAAUUAUUGAUCUAUAUCAAACAAAUGGACCACGUGCAAUUUUUAGGGGUUUAGUUCCUCGGAUAAUCAAAGUAGCACCUGCAUGUGCAAUAAUGGUAUCCACAUUUGAAUAUGGAAAAACAUUUUUUCAGAAUAGAAAUAUGCAAAUUUAUUAUAAAAAUAAUGAAAAAAUUGCUUAAUACGGAAAAAAUUGGGAAAAUUGAUUUGUAAAAUUGUUCAUGGUUACCAUAAAAAUAUUAAAUAUAUUAUUACGUAACAUUUGUAAA